ACAACUCCCCCUCCCCCUCCCCACACACAAGCUCGUCACAAAUUUCCAAAGGAAGAUCAGUGGUAGUUGUAAACAGUCUAAUUUUUCUUUAAAAGAGCUGCCAUUUCACAGACCCUCUGGGAGCCACAAACAAAUGGUCAGUGGUUCUUGCAAAAAAGCAUUUUAAUUCUAGAGCUUAAGUUUAGGUAUCCUUGUUUGAAAACAAUUGCCUAAGCAGCUAUUAUAUUGUUAGCUUAUGAUAACCUCAAGAGAAUGCACUGCAAUUAAGAAUUCACGGGUGUAUUUUCAGGACAGGGGACUGCAAAAACCUCUGUAAUGAAGAAUUUAAAAAUUAACUUGGUGACUCAAAGUUCAAGAUGAAGCUGUCCAAUUUAUUUUCAGGAAUUGGAUUUGGUCCAACAUUUUUCUAAACUACUUGCACAUGGUAAUUUGUGAUUUCAGCAUAGGGAAGAUUUAUUACACCAGACUAUUGAUGGUCUGAAACUAAAUAAUUAAUCAAAAAUAAUUCUUAGUGUUAUGAUCCUGGUGAUAGUGAUAUGAAACCUUACAGCCCAUGAGCAACAGAACUGGUUCAGACUUGAUUAUGUGAAUACUGGGGGGCGAGGGGGGAUGCAUAUAAUUGAUAGUAUACUUAUAAGAGCUGCUUUCUUGUCUUAGUUUGUUCACCUCCCUAUUUAACUAUGUGAUUUGUAAGAUCUCUUGCAAUAGUUGUCAUGAUACAGGACAGGAAAGUGAUGAUUCUUUACAAAGUCUGGAAAUAUUUCAGCACUGUGCAUCUUUCUUCUUUUUGCAGAUCAUGGGAGGAGGAGAGCUACCUGGGCUUUUGGUAAAUGAAAUAGGAGGAAUACAUGGGGUACUGCAUAGCCCCGUGGAGUUCCUGAAGAAACAUUUCUACCUCAUCACCAUGAAGGAAUUUCUUGAAAACAGAAUCAUGAGUAAAAAGGUCCGAGCAAUCUAUUUGUGGUGACACAAACCAGUCAUUGACCAAGAGCUCCUCCAGAGCCUGCCAAACUUAAAAGUGAUUGCAAAUUCAGGAGCAGGGAUGGAUCACCUGGAUCUGAAACUUAUAGCUGGCUUUGGUGUGAAAAUGGCUAGUGCGCCACAUGCUGUUUCCAGCAGCACAACAGAUACUGGGAUGGCUUUACUGCUGGCAUCUGCUAGAAGAUUAGUAGAAGGCUGUCAUGUUGCGGUUUCUCCAGGUACGGAGUACUGUGAAGUCGACUUUCUGGGAGUUAAAGUUACCAGAGCUACUCUGGGGAUCAUUGGAAUGGGCAGCAUUGGGUAUAAGAUUGCUCUGAGAGCCGAAGCAUUUCAAAUGAAUAUUUUGUACCACAACUGGACACGGAGGAAAGAGCAUGAGGAGCAACUUGUCGGUGCCAUCUAUUGUGAAAAGAUAGACAACUUGCUCCAGCAGUCAGGUCUUGUGAUGGGGGUGGUGAGCCUGACACCUCAGAGGCACAAGCUGAUUGGGAAAAGAGAGCUGAAGCUGAUGAAACCCACGGCUACUCUUAUUAACAUCAGCGGAGGUAAAGUAGUUGACCAAGAGGCGCUGGUGAGAGCUCUGCAGGCCGGUGCUAUCGGGGCCGCAGCUGUGGACGUCACCUACCCGGAGCCGCUGCCCGGGGAUCAUCCAUUAUUACAAUUAAAGAAUGUUAUUAUAACACCCCACCUUGGCAUUAAAACAGAGAAGGCCACCCGCAUGAUAACAGAGGAAGCAGUUGAAAGCAUCCUAGCAGCAGUUAAUGGUCUCCCUAUACCCAGUGAAGUGCUCCCAAGCUGAUGUGCAAAAGGAUAUCACAGCUCUAAAUGCUUUUAUUCUCCUGUUUUCCCCACUGAGAGUGACCUAUUCCAAGCAAGCAGGGAA